AUGCAGGAGCCAUUUAAAGUGAGUAUUAGAGUGAAACCAUAUGAAGGAAGAUCAAGAUUUCUCACUCAGAGAAUAGGAAAAGAAACUGUACUAUUGAAAUAAUCAAUAGAUUAUAUAAGUAGAAUGUCCAACUUAGACAAUAAGAGAUCCUGAUACUUAUGAAUAAAGAUCAUUUGCAUUUGAUAAUGUGUUUAAUGAAGGAGAAAGCACACAAGAUAUAUAUGAUACAGUAAGAGAAUAUAAUAUAUAUUUUUAGUCAAUAUCAUAAAUGAUUUAUGAUUGUGUUUCUUAAGGAUAUAAUGGUACAAUUUUGGCUUACGGGUAAACAGGUUCUGGAAAGAGUUACACAAUGUUUGGCAAUUUAUAUGAUCCUUUAGUAGAGAAUGAUGGAUUAGUUUCAAUGGUUUUAGAAUAAUUAUUCUAAAUGAACGUUAAAAUUAGUAUUUCAUAUUUGGAAAUUUACAAUGAAUAAAUAAGAGAUUUAAUUGGAGAUUAAGUUGGUUUAUAGUUGAAUGAAGAUCCUAUAAAAGGAGUCAUGUUAUAAGAUGUGCAAGAAUUGUAAAUUAUGACGAUAGAUCAAGCUAAAUCAAUAAUAAUUAAUGGCAAUUAAAAAAGAGUUAUGGCAGCAACUAAUGCAAACUAAUUCUCUUCUCGAUCUCAUGCUAUAAUAUAAUUAUUUGUUGUAAAUUAACAAUAUUAAUGCAAAUUAUCAUUAGUUGAUUUGGCAGGUAGUGAAAAAGCUAAUGUAAAUGAAGGUAGUAAAGGAAUAAGAUAAAUGGAAGGAGCUAAUAUCAAUAAAAGUUUAUUAGCUUUAGGAAAUUGUAUUAAUAUGUUAGCUUGUGAUUAAUCAAUAAAGAAAUUUGUACCUUAUAGAGAUUCAAAAUUAACAAGACUUUUAAAAGAUUCAUUAGGAGGAAAUACUAAAACUCUUAUGAUAGGAUGUGUAUAAUAAGUAGUUUAAUGUCAUGAAGAAAGUAUUAAUACUUUAAAAUAUGCAUCCAGAGCAAGAGCUAUUAAAAAAAAGAUUGUUUAAAAUAUUAAAAUUAAUGAUAUUACAAAUUGUAAUUGCAAUUGUAAUUCAGAAAAUGUAGGUUUAUUAUAAGCAGAGAUUGAAGCAUUAAAAUAGGAAGUAUCAUUCUAAUGUAUUUUAUUAUUAUUAAUAUUAUAAUAGAUUAAUUAACAGAAGAAGAAAUUGAAAUUAGAUUAAAUUUAAAACAAAUUGAUUAAUUAUAACUUUAAAAUAGAGAAGGUUUAGAAUAUUUAUUAUAACAAAUGAAUUCUGAAAUGAUAGAUGAAGAUAGAUUGAAAAAUGAAAUACUAUAAUAUGAAAGAGCAAUUAAUGAAAAUGAACGGAUUAGAUAAGAAUUGAAUUCUUAAUUAUAAUCUAAGAAAAAAGAAAGAACUGAUCCAAAAGAUAUUCAAAUUGAAAUGCUUAAAAAAGAAAUUACUUUUCUAAGAGAUCAAAUUAAAUAAAAGGAUUUAGUUAUUGAUUCCUUGAAAAUUGAUAAGGAUAAUAUAAAAUAAUCUAGACCACAUACUAGUUAUUAAGAAACUGAUAGACCAAAAAUGAAUAAAGAAAAUUCUAUUGAAAUAGAUGUUAGAAAAGAUAGUCUAUAAUAUUGUGGUUCAUCUAAAUCUAUUAAAUAACCUACAAAUAGAGAAGAAGAAUAACAUCUUUAAAAAUUAAAUAAGGCAAGAGAUAAUUAUAAGAUUUUUAGAGCAAAAAUGAUUUAACUUUAAGAAAAAAUGAAUUAUUACACAAAAAAUGAUAUUCAUUUAAAUCAAAAUUAAUUAAAAGAAAUUAUUGAUAUGAUGAAUGAACUAUCAACACAGAAUGGUCCUGUUUUGAAAUAAGAUGAAGAGAUGAUAAUUUAUUUUCAAAAAUUCAUUAUAUCUUAAACUUAGAAAUCCUAAUAAUAAAUAAAUCAAAAUACAUUAAAUACUCAAAUAACUACACCAUAACAAAGAUCAAGAAGUGUUAAUCCAAAUCCAAAUAGAGNGAUUUGGCAGGUAGUGAAAAAGCUAAUGUAAAUGAAGGUAGUAAAGGAAUAAGAUAAAUGGAAGGAGCUAAUAUCAAUAAAAGUUUAUUAGCUUUAGGAAAUUGUAUAAAUAUGUUAGCUUGUGAUUAAUCAAUAAAGAAAUUUGUACCUUAUAGAGAUUCAAAAUUAACUAGACUUUUAAAAGAUUCAUUAGGAGGAAAUACUAAAACUCUUAUGAUAGGAUGUGUAUAAUAAGUAGUUUAAUGUCAUGAAGAAAGUAUUAAUACUUUAAAAUAUGCAUCCAGAGCAAGAGCUAUUAAAAAAAAGAUUGUUUAAAAUAUUAAAAUUAAUGAUAUUACAAAUUGUAAUUGCAAUUGUAAUUCAGAAAAUGUAAGUUUAUUAUAAGCAGAGAUUGAAGCAUUAAAAUAGGAAGUAUCAUUCUAAUGUAUUUUAUUAUUAUUAUUAUAAUAGGUUAAUUAACAGAAGAAGAAAUUGAGAUUAGAUUAAAUUUAAAAUAAAUUGAUUAAUUAUAAUUUUAAAAUAGAGAAGGUUUAGAAUAUUUAUUAUAACAAAUGAAUUCUGAAAUGAUAGAUGAAGAUAGAUUGAAAAAUGAAAUACUAUAAUAUGAAAGAGCAAUUAAUGAAAAUGAACGGAUUAGAUAAGAAUUGAAUUCUUAAUUAUAAUCUAAGAAAAAAGAAAGAAUUGAUCCAAAAGAUAUUCAAAUUGAAAUGCUUAAAAAAGAAAUUACUUUUUUAAGAGAUCAAAUUAAAUAAAAGGAUUUAGUUAUUGAUUCUUUAAAAAGUGAUAAAGAUAAUACUAAAUAAUCUAGACCACACACUAGUUAUUAAGAAACUGAUAGAUCAAAAAUGAAUAAAGAGAAUUCUAUUGAAAUUGAUAUUAGAAAAGAUAGUUUAUAAUAUUGUGGUUCAUCUAAAUCUAUUAAAUAACCUAUUAAUAAAGAAGAAGAAUAACAUCUUUAAAAAUUAAAUAAAGCAAGAGAUAAUUAUAAGAUUUUUAGAGCUAAAAUGAUUACACUUUAAGAUAAAAUGAAUUAUUACACAAAAAAUGAUAUACAAUUGAAUCAAAAUUAAUUAAAAGAAAUUAUUGAUAUGAUGAAUGAACUCUCAACUUAGAAUGGUCCUGUUCUAAAAUAAGAUGAAGAAAUGAUAAUCUAUUUUUAAUAAUUCAUUAAGUCUUAAACUUAGAAAUCUUAAUAAUAAAUAAAUCAAAGUACAUUAAAUACUCAAAUAAAUACACCAUAAUAAAGGUCAAGGAGUGUAAAUCCAAAUCCAAUUAGAGGAAAAGGAACAUCUUAACAUUAAAGAAAACCUUUAUAACAAACUAAUUAAUCACCUUUGAAUAGAUAAUUAUUCAGUAAUCACACAAAAUAAUAUCAGUAAUUAGUUUCAAAAGGAAAGAAGGUAUAAAAAUGGUUUUAUUUUAGGAAAGUUGUCCCACUCCGUAGAAUAAAUAAAAGUUCAUUUUGGAAUACGUAAAGAAAAUGGAAAAUCCAUAACCGAGGGGGAGUAAUAAGUCCCCACUACAAUCAUUUAGCUCAGAUAAUUCAGAUAAGUAUUAAUUCACUAAUAUAAGACCAGAGACGAUAUUAUUAAGCGUAGUUUUGUCUAAAAAGUUCCAUUUCAAUCAAUUUAAUGAUAUUAUAUUUUACAAUUAUUAUUGUCUCAUUACAAACCCUAAUAUUUAAAUCAAUAGUAUUAUUAAAUUAUAUUAUAUACAUAUAAACUAUGUUUUCCUUAAAAUUUUAGUUAUCCAACAAAAUUACUUUUAUAAUUCAUAUUUGAGAUUAUAAAAUUGUUUCAACAUUAAAUAAUUAAAUUUAAAUAUGGAUAAUUCUAAAUCGAUUGAAAAUCAAAAAAAAGAACCAUUAAGACCUUGUUGUGCUUGUCCAGAUACACGAAAACUAAGAGAUGAAUGUAUUGUUUCUUUUGGAGAAGAAAAAUGUUAAAAAGAAAUUGAAAAUCAUAAAUUAUGUUUGAAGAAACUUGGAUUUGAUUGA